CAGCUGGUCGGGUAGCCUCUCCUGGGAGGACCAGGGCCAGGGUCGGACAGUGCGGACGCCGGAGAUAGCGGGUCUAGGUGGGCUGGACCCCGGAGUGAAGGAUGGUGAAGAAGCAAGAGCCGGGGCAGGGCGGAGGGCCGUGGGACAGAAGCCGGGAGGCGCGGCCAGGACUGAGAUGAAGGCUGCGGGGAGCUCCGCAGAAGCGCUGGGCGGGAAGGACAGGCCGGGAGAGAGCCAUACAGGGAGGAUCCGGGGCCCCUGCUGAUGUCACUCGCAGUUGUGAGCGGCCGCCUUUCCCGGGGACAAUGUGGGACUGAGCGGCCCAGCCGCCGCGCCGCCGCUGCCGCCGCCGCAGAACAGCCCCAGCGAGAGCCAGCUGAGCCACAGUGUGGACACACUCCCAGGCCGCUGUGGCCCCAGCCCCGCCUGACAGGAUGAGCAGUUCAGAUGCGGGGCUGGAGGAGGAGCCAGAGCUUAGUAUCACCCUCACCCUGCGGAUGCUGAUGCACGGGAAGGAGGUGGGCAGCAUCAUUGGGAAGAAGGGAGAGACUGUAAAGCGAAUCCGGGAACAGAGCAGUGCCCGGAUCACCAUCUCGGAGGGCUCCUGCCCUGAGCGAAUCACCACCAUCACUGGAUCUACAGCUGCUGUCUUCCACGCAGUCUCCAUGAUUGCCUUCAAGCUGGAUGAGGACCUUUGUGCUGCUCCUGCAAAUGGUGGCAGUGUCUCCAGACCUCCAGUGACCUUGCGCCUUGUCAUCCCUGCCAGCCAGUGUGGAUCACUGAUUGGGAAGGCAGGCACCAAAAUCAAGGAGAUCCGAGAGACUACAGGAGCCCAGGUGCAGGUGGCAGGGGACCUGCUCCCAAAUUCCACAGAGCGUGCUGUCACUGUGUCUGGGGUGCCUGAUGCCAUCAUCCUGUGUGUGCGCCAGAUCUGUGCUGUUAUCCUGGAGUCCCCACCCAAAGGAGCCACUAUCCCGUAUCAUCCGAGCCUCUCCCUAGGUACUGUCCUCCUCUCGGCCAACCAGGGUUUCUCUGUCCAGGGUCAGUAUGGAGCAGUGACCCCUGCAGAGGUCACCAAGCUCCAGCAGCUCUCAGGCCACGCCGUUCCCUUUGCAUCACCCAGUGUGGUACCAGGACUGGAUCCCAGCACGCAGACCAGCUCGCAGGAGUUUCUGGUUCCCAAUGAUCUGAUUGGCUGUGUGAUCGGACGCCAGGGCAGCAAGAUCAGCGAGAUCCGGCAGAUGUCAGGGGCACAUAUUAAGAUCGGGAACCAAGCAGAGGGUGCUGGGGAGCGGCAUGUGACCAUCACAGGCUCACCGGUCUCCAUCGCCCUGGCUCAGUACCUCAUCACUGCCUGUCUAGAGACGGCCAAGUCUACCUCUGGGGGGACGCCUGGCUCAGCCCCCGCAGACCUGCCCACCCCUUUCUCGCCACCCCUGACGGCCCUGCCCACAGCUCCCCCAGGCCUGCUGGGCACACCUUAUGCCAUCUCCCUCUCCAACUUCAUCGGCCUCAAGCCUGUGCCCUUCCUGGCUCUACCACCUGCUUCCCCAGGGCCACCGCCGGGCUUGGCGGCCUACACUGCCAAGAUGGCAGCGGCCAAUGGGAGCAAGAAAGCUGAACGGCAGAAAUUCUCCCCCUACUGAGGCCGGCUGAGGCACCGGCGGGGGCAGGCAGGACCGCCGGCAGGGGCUGCCUCCACAUCCUUCCUGCCCAAGGAGACUCCACCAUGGGGUCUCAAGCGCCAGUAAUGCCAGACGCAUGGAUGCACCCCCUACCCUGCCCCAUCUUUGGAGAUCCUCCUCUGAGAGGGGACAGUUUCUGGCCCAGGGUUCUAGGAGUAUGGGCGGCCCCAGGGCAGGGGCCCCACCCCUUCAGACCUAUGCUUGGAUGCAGAGAAUGGCCAGGGGCUCCCCAGGGCCCUGCCGUGGGAGGGGUUACCCAUGUCCUCUCCAUCCCUUUGGGCUUCAUCCUGCUGCCCCAGUGGGAAUUGGAGGAGAGUGAGGGGCGGCCGGGGCCAAGCUUCUCCUCAUCCCCUGCAGAUCCUGCUGCUUCCACUGAUACCCUUUUGACUGGAAUAGACUGGCUGGGCUUGUCCGGGGGCAACCCAAAGAGAGGGCUCUGCCUGUAGCAGGGGGUGUGGCCUGGGGGGCAGGGGCCCAGUCUCAGCAGCAGACACUGUACAGUUUUUUCAAUCCCUGUUUUUGAAUAAAUAUUCUCAGCGACCAG